AUGUGGAUUGAGGCUUCCCCUGUCAUUAUUCUUCUUGGAAGUUCUAUGUUUUUACGUUGUCAUUUACCUUUCUCUCCUGAUCUGCCUGGUACAAAUGGUGGAUGGAAAAGCAAGUUUUGUUGGGUGAAUGCCAAUAUUCUUUUCCUCCCUUUAACUCUUGGUACUCUCCUUAAGUUGGAUGAUUCCGUGUCAUUGCCAUAUGACUUAUUUAAGAAUGUCUCUUCUUUUUCUCAUAUGUGUAUAAGAGGAUAUUUCUUUCCAGAAAUUGUACUUGCACUUUGUCAUAUGAACAUAAUUUUGAAAGCUCGUAAUCAAUUGCCUAUGUUGUCGGUUCUUCAUCCAGAUGGGAAUACAAGUUCUUUCAACUUGGUGACAUAUUUAUCUGGUGAUAUAACCCCAAAAUCUAUCAUGUUGGAGGGUGUUAUUCCUGACAAGGAAGUCGGUAACAUUUUCCAUAUUUCUGGGUCGCCCCUAAGUCUCCCUGGUUUCGGAUCGGAUGUGUUUUCUCUUGAGCAGUUGUUAGUGGAUUCCUCAUCUCCCCCUGAAGUUACUCCUCUUCCUCAUGUUCCUUCUAACGCUGGUGUUGGAUCAUCUAUAGAUUCGUAUUUAUCUCGUAAAUGCAAAUGUACAUUAACUAUUCAUAAAUUCGAGGAUUUUCAACAUGAGGUAUCCGGAGCAUCCAUUCCUUCAUCCUCUGAGCCUGCUGACUAUCAUGCCCAUGUUGCCGUUGAGGGUUGUGCCGAUUGCCAUCCGUUUAAAGAGGAACUAGACGAUGCUUGUCGUUCUAUGACCCGAUCUAAGAAGAUAAUUUCCAUUUCCGUUGUGAACCUACGUGCUGCUGAUAGUAUGAAGUUGGAUGGAGAAGAGUUUCUUAUGAAGGCAUGUAGUAUGUAUGUCGAGUUGGUGGAGCAACAUCGUACUGCGAAUGAUAGGGUUGUUGUAUUGGAGAAUCAAAGAGCAUUGAUGGAGGCUAACUAUGAGAGGCGUCUUUGGGAUAAUGAAGUUCUUCGUGCUCAAUUUUCUGCUAAAUUGUCUUAA